ACUUGCUGCUGCUAGUAGCAGCCAUUCCUGAUUCCUUCUCUUGCAUUUUGCUUCCUCUCUCUCUUCUCUAGUUCUAGCACCAGCAUCAUCAGAGUUUCUGAGAGAGAGAGAGGGCAUGGAGUAUGAGAGGAUACACAAAGUUCAGAUGGGGGUCAUGUCUCCGACGAAGCUGAGGAUGAAGCUGCUAGGAAUGGGAUCCCAUGGCAAUGGGGGCGGCGGCAAGGACGAGACGGCGAGCAAGUCGCUGUCGAGGCUCGACGCCGGCGCCAACGGGGCAGAAGACGGCGAUGACCACCCCAAGAGCAGCCUCCUACCGCAGGAGCUGGACGAAGGCUCGUCGGAGUGCCCUCCCAAGGACCGCUCGGACUCUUCCCGGUCGCGCUCCGACUCGAGCCGCGGCAGGGCUGCUGCAAGCAACGGCAAUGGCAAUGGCGGCAGCUUCGAGUUCCAGAUGGAGGAGAGGGCCGGGCUGGGGCCCUUCUUCUUCAGGCAGGUGCCGUCCAAGUGGAACGACGCCGAGAAGUGGAUCGCGGGGCGCCACGUCGUGCACUCCAACCCCAUCUUCUCCAAGAAGGCCGCCGCCGGCGCUGCCCUCUCGCAUUCGCAGUCUGCGCCGUCGCCCUCGUCGUCGUUCUCGUCGGUGACAGGGCCGGCGAGCAGGCUGCCUCGUCGCACUAAGCUCUGCGGUGCCUCGCAGGGCGCUGCGGCGCAGUCGUCGUCGGUGUCGAUGAGGGACGUCGGCACGGAAAUGACGCCGGCCGCCAGCCAGGAGCAGUCGAGGAGCGGCACCCCGGCCGGCGCCGCCACGCCGUCCCUCAGCCCGCUCUGCUCGGUGCCGGCGUCGCCGUCCGCGUCGGAGAGGGAGCUGCAGGUCAGGACGCGCCGGGAGAUUGCCGCGCUCGGGCUGCAGCUGGGCAAGAUGAGCAUCGCGUCGUGGGCCAGCAAGGACGACCGCAUCCUGAGAUCACCGGAGAAGAGCGCCGGCGCCGGCGAUGGAGACGGUGAUGCCAAGAAGGAGGAGUUCGAGGCUCGAGCUGCGGCGUGGGCAGAAUCUCAGAAAUGCAAACUCGCAUCGAGAUAUCAGAGGAAGGAGGCGAAGAUACAGGAAUGGGAGAACUGCCAGAAAUCCAAAUUUGAAGCCAAGAUGAGGAAUGCAGAGGUGCAGGCCGAUCAAAAGAAGGCGCGGGCGAAGAACAGCCUGACAAAGAGGCUGUCCAGCUUAGGCCACAAGGUGGAGGGCAAGCAGGCGAGGGUGGAGGCCCGGCGGAACCGGCGGGCGGUCCGGCUGGCACGGCAGGUGGAGCGGAUCCGGAAGACCGGCCGCGUGCCGUCCCGGUUCCGGUGUUGCAGCUGGUUCCUCUGA